CACUCUCUCCGCUGUCUACAAUGGCCGCCCCAAACCCCUUCGCCGGCUUCGGCUCAAAGCCCCAACCCUCCGCUUCCGGCACCUCACUGUUUGGAAACACUUCGUCUCAACCUGCUUCUGGUAGCGGCUUAUUCGGCUCGUCAUCCACUACAAACAACUCCUCUGCUACCCCUGCCGCCUCGGGGGGCGGCUUAUUUGGCGGUGGGGCACAGACUUCUGGCGGUUUGUUCGGAAAUAACACCACCGGUGCCAAUAAUAACAAUAACAACUCAAACGCGGCAGCUGCAAACAGCUCGACUCCUGCAGCGCCCUCUGGAGGUAGUCUAUUUGGAGGAUUUGGAACUGGAGGAUUUGGAACGAACAAUACGGCGACUGGGUCCACGACUCCAGCUUCUAAACCUGCUUUUGGUGGCUUUGGUCAAUCCACUACACCGGCCGCACCUCCUCCAGCUAGUACAGGGACAAGCUUAUUUGGAGGCGCUGCUACCGGCACAAGCACAGGUGGUGGCUUGUUUGGUGCUAAACCUGCAGAAGGCACUGGAGCACCUGGCGCAGCGUCAACAACGGGUGGAUUUACAGGGUUUGGAGCAAAGCCUGCCGGCACCACAUCUGCGCCUGCAACAGGUGGACUUUUUGGUUCAAAGCCUGCAGAAUCUACCCCUGCUGCUUCUUCUUCUCCUGCGCCCUCAUCCGGUGGUGGCCUCUUUUCAUUCGGUGCUAAACCCGCCUCCACUACUACACCUGCUGCUCCUUCACUUUUCGGCUCUGCUCCUGCCAAGGAUGCUUCUUCAUCAACUCCUACAUCUGGCACACCACCCACCACUUCUGGAGGCGGACCCUUUGGGGGUGGGGGGCUUUUUGGUGCCAAGCCCGCUGCUCCUGCUACAGAGGCUCCUAAAGCUGACACCGCCACCACUGCCCCGGCUGCCCCAACCAGUGGUUUGUUUGGGGGAGUAGGUGCCUCAAAACCCGCUGAAGCACCUAAGCCUGCUGCUGGAGGGUUCUCCUUCGGUAACUUGGGAGCCAAACCUGCUACUCCUUCUACCACUGAAGCUCCCAAAACGGGAGGCUUCAGCUUUGGAGCUUCUGCCCCAAGCGCUGAUAAGAAGGACGAGAUGCCGGCUGAAGCGCCCAAGACGGGAGGCUUCAGUUUUGGCGCCCCCGCUGCUGCCGCUUCCAACGAAGAAAAAAAGACUGAUAAGCCUGCAGAGGCUCCCAAACCGGGUGGAUUCAGCUUUGGUAACAUUGGUACAUCCGCAACAACGGCCUCUGGAGACGAUAAAGGCAAGGCGCCUGAAGCUCCUAAGGCUGGCGGGUUCAGUUUUGGCGGUCUUGGUGCAAAGACAGAUGGUGACAAGGAUAAGGCUCCAGCUGCGCCUACGCCUGCUGCGCCUGCUGCUGGUGGCUUGUUUGGAGCCAAGCCUGCCGAUGCUGGUCAAAGCAGUACCGCCGCCCCUUCAGCUAGCGGUGGUCUCUUUGGUGCCAAUCCCAACACUACCGCGGCGGCUUCUACCACUACACCUGCUGUACCAACCGCCCCCAUUGCUUCCGCCCCAGCCAAUGUGGAGAAGCCCAGCGAACCCGUUCCCAACCUUCUUCGUGGCAAAGCCUUGGAUGAUAUAGUGGAAGGAUGGAAUAAGGAUUUAGAGGAGCAAGUGAAGGAGUUUGAGAGGCAGGCUGGUGAGGUGAGGGAGUGGGAUAAGAUUUUGGUCAGGAAUGGUAACCAAAUUACAGCUCUUAGAAGACAAGUGUUGGAGGCUCAGCAGACCCAAGCUGCUGUUGAUGAACCGUUGAACUACUUUGAGGCUCAGCAAAAUCAGCUGGAAAGUAUGUUGGAUGUGUAUGAGAAGGAGAUUGCAAAAAUGUCAAACGACAGCACCAGGCCGUUGGCGGCGAAAAUGCCGGCUGAUCGAGAGCGGGAGAAGGCUUACACACUUGCCGAGGAUCUUAAUAAACAGCUCGAUGACCUGUCUCGUAACCUGUCACAGAUGAUUGAACAAGUAAACAAAAUUUCGACCUCCCAAUCAUCCCUCGACGCAAGCACGUCCUCUCUCACGAACCGUCCUGGGACACCCUCCGCGUCUGCUGCUGACGCAGCUUCACAAAUGCCAGAUGACCCAGUUAGCCAGCUUUCUGCUAUUCUUGGUGCGCACUUGAGGGCAUUGAGCUCAAUCGACUCCAGUGCGGGCAAACUAUCUACCAAGGUUGGAGAGUUGGAAACCAAGAUGGGCAGUAGCGGGUCUGCCCGGGGAUGGGGAUUGCCAAGGAGAUGAUAUGUUAUGAUAAGAUAGAAAGUGUACGAAUGAUAAAAGGCAGAAACAGCGGUUUAAUGUAAAUUUCCUACAUGCAUACAUUGA